AUGCAGUCCUUAGACUACGUGUGCGAUUAUUGCGAUCGCUCCUUCAUCAGAAAAUGUAACCUUGUGACGCACAUUGAGAAUUUUCAUAUAAACAUCACGAGGUACUGCGAAAUAUGCGGAAAAACCUUCGGCAGAGCGGCAGCUUUGAAGAUACAUUUAAGCCAAGGACACAACAAUCAUGGACAAGGCUUACCCGAAUGCGAUCUGUGUGGACGAGUCUUUAAAAGAAAACAAAAUAUAGUAUCGCACAUGACGUCAAAACACUUCAGAAUGUUGAAGACCUUCUCUACGUGUAACGUCUGCGAUAAAACGUUCACAACGGAUCGGAAUUUAAAACGCCAUAAGAAUCAGUUGCACAACCCAAAUGUGCAGUAUCUUAUUUGCGAUUAUUGCCAAAAAGUGUUCAAAGGAAAACAGUCGUUAAUAUCUCAUAUCAAUUCAGUGCAUAAUCCCGUGGAAACAGAUUACAAUCAGUGCUUCUUGUGUGAUAAAACGUUUUCGAGUAAUCGGAACUUGAGACGGCAUGUGGAAAUGUUGCAUGGUGAAAGGACUGAGUUUAAGUGUGAUUUGUGUCCAAAAGUGUUCAUGUGGCAUCAUAGUUUGAGACGACAUACCCUGGCUAGGCAUAUGAGUGAUAGUUUGGAACAGUUUAGUUGCAAAUUUUGCGAUAAAAUAUUUUACGGAAGGGAAAAUGUAGAAAACCACCUCGCGUUGCAUCAUAAACCAGAAGCAGUGAACAAAACUGUGGCCAACGAAUGUAUGGCAAUCAAAAUCGGGCACCGUUGCGAAUAUUGUCAAAAGAAAUUCGACGAAGAAACUCAAUUACGGCAGCAUGUGAAAUCGGAGCAUUCGUUUCAAGAUUUUUACACGUACUGCAAGAAAUCGUUGAUGAAUUUGAGUGCUAAAGAAAAUGAGGGUAGAAACAAAUUCGUUUUCUACAAUUGCGAAUUAUGUACGGACGUUUUCACGUCCGUCUAUGGGUUGAAAGACCACAUGAAGGCGUGGCAUGAUGUGGAUUACAGCUUGUCGACUUGUAACGUCUGUUUUAAGAAGUUCUACAGCAAGCAAGCAAUAAGAGAACAUCAGAAAAUAUGUCUACCGCCAAAAGGUGUGAAGAGUUGUGACAAUUGUGACAAGCUGUUCACAGAUCAAUCGAGCUUAGAAUUUCACCAGCGUAUUUUCCAUCCUCAAACUCAAAUUCCCAAAGUCACAUCGAGUGUAGACGAUUCUAACUUAAAUGGCUCGUUUAAAUGUGCCCUGUGCAGCCGAGUGUACAUGAACGAUAGAUCCUUAAAACAUCACAUCAAGUUAAAUCACACUAACGAAACCAUAGUACAUUGCGAAUUGUGCAGUAAAGUGUACAAUAAUAAGUAUUAUUUGGCUGCUCAUAUGAGAACGAUACAUUCUAACGACAAAAUCUUUCAAUGUGAUUUGUGUGAUAAGGUUUUUCGGAAUAAACGUGGAAUACGAAGGCAUAUAGUGUUUACACAUAUGGGCAAAUCGCGAUAUAAGUGUAUAGAGUGUGAGAGCUUGUUUAAAGAGAAACGUAGUUUGCGAAAGCAUGUACGUUCGAAACACUCGCAAUCGGAUGUGUUUCCGCAGUGUCAUAUCUGUCAGAAGCGUUUUGAAUCAGCCCAGUCAUGUAAAGUGCAUUUGAAAUUGAUGCAUUCAGUCAAUAUGGAUACAUAUCCCUGCCAUAUGUGCUCCAUUUCGUUCAGUUCAAAGAAAUCUCUAAAUAUCCACGUAUCGAAUAAACAUUCGUCACAAGAACAGAUCUUUAAAUGUGAUACUUGCAAAUUAGUGUUCAAUGGACAGCAAAGCUUUGAUCAGCAUAAUGCGAACAGCUUGUGCAAAAUGCACAAAAUGCAGAAACUCUUGCCGCGUUGUAUUAUAUGCGCAAAGGAUUUCAGUGCGCGCAAAACUUUAAGGAGCCACAUACGGAAAUUCCACCCGGAAUUUAACGUGGAUGACUUAGCAAGAUACGGUUCGGAACGACGUCUGUUUGUCGUAGAAUGUGAAGACUGUUUACGGAAUUUUAACGAUGAAACAUACUACGAACAUUAUCUAAAAUUUAAACAUUUACGUGAUACAAUCGUGUUCACGUGUGAAUACUGUUCCGUGUCCUACAACUGUCUGGAAUAUUCGAUUCAAAGAUACAAAAUGGCGCACGAAAAACUAAAUACAAGUACGUUGAUGUUGAGUGAGUUGUGUACGACCGAAAUGAGUGAGGACUCGACUAGUUUGAGUGAGAUUGAGUGUUCGAGGUAUGAGGUGAAAACAGAACCUGUGGAUUUUAGUACAGUAUAUGAUAUGGGAUCUGGAUAUGAAAUAAUGACAGAGUGCGAAAUUAAGGCUGAACCAAUGUCUCCUUAAAUUGAAGUAAUGUGUGUGGGCUAGUUAAGGGGCCUUAGUAGGUGAACACGGCAAAAUGGACUGUUUUCUAUGAGCUAUAAUUGAAA